AUGGGCGCGGAAAUUAAGGUGUCUCAAGCUGACGCUUUCACACAUGCUCUUGCCGGUGCUGCUGGCGGGGCCAUGUCAAUGGCUCUAACUUAUCCCUUGGUCGCUGUAACUACCAAACUUCAAACUCAGGGCUCCAAUGAAUCCCAUGAAUCCAAGAAACUUAAAAAGAAGCUUAGUCUUGCUGAAACUGCCAAGGAAGUCUAUCAGGAACAAGGCGUCUAUGGAUUUUUCGCAGGCCUUGAAAGUGCCAUUUUGGGAAUGACACUUUCGACAUUUGUCUAUUAUUACUGUUACGAGGCUUCCUCCAGAUGUCUUUUGAGCGCCAAAGGAAAGCAAAGAUUGAAUACAGCCGAGUCGAUGCUUGUAGGGAGUAUUGCGGGGUCAGUUAAUGCAGCAACAUCCAAUCCCUUGUGGGUUGCUAACACGCGGAUGACCGUAAAUGCAAGUAAGCGCGGUACUCUGGGUACCAUCUUAGACAUUGCGCGAAAUGAAGGGCCUGCAAGUCUUUUCAAUGGCCUCAAGCCAGCACUAGUCCUAGUGAUCAACCCAAUCAUCCAGUACACUGUUUUUGAACAACUAAAGAAUCGAGUUCUGGAGUCGAAUCAGAAAAGCACUUUGGGUCCAUCUUGGGCAUUUGCAUUGGGGGCCAUAGGGAAGCUUGUGGCUACAGGCUCGACAUAUCCUUACGUCACUAUGAAGGCCAGAAUGCACCUCCAAAAUAAUGAGAAUAAAUCUUCGACUGAGAAGUCUCUGAUUCAGCUCAUGAUCAAUACUGUCAAGAAGAAUGGCGUCAGUGAGCUGUACCGUGGUAUGGGUAUAAAGCUAAUACAGAGUGUACUCACGGCUGCAUUUUUAUUUUUUUUCAAAGAGGGACUCGUAAUAUGGAGUCUGAAGUUGGUGAGAUUGUUGUCUCAAGUUAGAAGAAGAAGAACGCGCAUCUUAAAUAGAGCCUAG